AUGGACCCGAGCCUGUAUUUUGCCUUACCUGAGAGCUUCGACCCUCUGAUAAGUCCUUUGGACUUCGAGCAAUGGGUGCGGAAGUUCAAGGCGUGUGCAACUGCUAACAAGUGGGAAGACGACGACCAGUUGAAGCACCUACCACCACUACUCCGAGGUGAUGCAUGGAUUGUUUAUGAUGAGCUCAAAUCCAAUGAGAAGGAUACGAUGGUCAGCCUGGUUAAGAAUCUCUCCCACAAGUUGAAUAUUGCUACCCGGAUGCAGAGCAGCGAGCAGUUGUAUCGUCGAACUUUGGAUUCUGGUAGUGAGUCUCUACUCACAUAUCAGAAUGAUAUAAAGAGGUUAGCGCAUCGAGCCUACCCCGACAUGACCGCUGACCAAGUUGCCCCUAUUAUUCUUACUGCUUUUAUCCGAGGGUUAAGAGGACAUUCGAUGUCGCUUGCCCGAAAGGUUAGGAAUGCAAAUCCGAAGACUCUUCAACUCGCACUUGAGAAAGCUCAUUUUUUGUUGUCGGAUCCUUUUGAGGAUGGUGAUGUGUCUCAUGAGAAGAAGCCUGCUUCUAGUUUGACAUCUCCCGCUCAGGGGGAGACCACUGGUAUGCCUAGUUGGGUCCCAACACUCAUCAGUGCCCUACGUCGAGAUGAUCGUAAAUGUAACUAUUGUGGUAAAGUUGGUCAUCUCGAAGCUCACUGCUUCAAGAAGCAACGAGAUAAAGGUUAUGGUCCGGUACAGAAACGCUCCCGACAAGAUGUGCAAGAUGAGAAGUGCGAUGAGGCUGUACGUGGAAGCUAUCCUCGUACGAUGGGAGUCACUUGUGGUUAUUGUUUGCGCAAGAAUCACACAGAGGAGCAGUGCCAGACUAAGAAGAAGGCACUGGCGCUCAAGUCCCGACUUGCGCAGGGAAACUAG